AUGGAGUGCGACUUCCGGGACCAAGCGCUGAGCGCCUCCGAGAUGCCGGACAUGCAGGCAGCCAAGCAGGAGAUUGACGAGCUGAUGGAGAGAGUGCAUACCGCCCAAAUUAGCCUGGAUAAGGUGGCCAAGAGCACCCUUGACCUGAAGAGAGACUUGGCGCAAGCCAACGACCGGCAGUUGGUACUGAGAGCUGAGAAGAGCUCGGAGAUGCGGGAGGAGGAGCUGCUGAUCGCGGCGCAUGCGCAUCUCAGGCAGGAGCGGUGCCGGAACAAGGAGGGGGACCUAUGGCCCGUGUGGUCCACCACCACGGAGGAUCUGGAAGAGUACGGCACUGGCAUCUCACUGUACUUCCGGCUCACCAUCAACCUGAGUAUGACUCUGACGGCCGCUGCUGUGCUCACUUUGCCCUUCCUGGUGCUGAACCUCACUGGCCAGGGCCUGGAGGAUGUGGACGUGGGCGUCGGCAACGGCUUCUUUGCCCUCAGCAGCAUCGGGAACUUCCUGUCUGCCAAUGGCACGGUCUCCGUGUCCUGGGUGGAGCUGGACCCAGCAAACGUCAGCUGGUGCGUGGGGACCCUGGACGCCGUGGCCGUGGCUGCGGUGGGGAUCCUGGCCAUUUGGUUCGAGCGCAAGGCGCUGCCGGCGGCGGUGGAGGCGGAUGCCAUGACCACGGUGACGCCGGACGCCUUCUCGCUCUACGUGAGCCACCUGCCGCGGCGGCUGAAAAAGGAUCACGGCCGCUACGAGGAGCUCUUGCGGCAGCACUUUGAGAACCAGCUGAGCCCAGACCUGGUGCCUCAGGCUGCGCACCCGGGGGUGGAUGUGUUGCGCAAGGAGGAGCAGUUUCUGCACGAGCCGCAGGACCUGGGCUGCUGCUCCCGGUUUCUCUGCUGCCUGCGCCGGGCCAAGGAUUACCGGGGCCGGCGCCUGGGUGUCAUCGCCAAGGCGGACGAGCAGAGGCAAACCUGCGAGGUGCAGUGGGUGGAUGAGAAGGGCAAGCUGAGGCCACCGGCCACGGAGCCGCUGCGGCCUCCCAAGGAGAGCCCCAACGUCGACAGCCCAGACAGUCCGGAGACGGAGGGAAAAGAAGAGACUUUGGACGAGACGGAGAUCUCAGUGGAUGAGGACCUCGAAGGCCCGGUUUUGCUGCAGGCAGAGCUGCUGAAGCGGCUGGAGGAUGUGGACUGCGCUCCGCCCUCUGCAGGCCGCAAGGCGGUGUUCAAGGUGAGCCUCAUCCGGGACUUCAAAGGUAGGCUCAAACAAAUGCGCCGCCUGGUAGAGCGAGUGGAGGCGAAGCAGGAUGCCGCAGGGGAUGAGAAGCAGAUGAAAGAGGCUGAGGCCUAUUUGGAAAAUUUGAAGCUAGAAGAACAGGAUGUGCUGGGUGCAUUUGUGACCUUCGACCUGGUGAAGUUCAGAGAUUUUGUGAGCCAGGAGUACCGGUUCUCGCGGCUCGCCUUGCUGGGGGCUUGGCUGCAGGGCCCGGAGCAGCGCUUCCAAGGACACGCCAUCCAGAUCCACGAUGCUGUGCUGCCCAAUGACAUCUUCUGGGAGAAUAUCGACUGUCCGAAGAUGUCGCGCAGCCUCAGGAAGCUCGCCAUGGGCAUUGUUUUCGUGAUGGUGCUGGUGGUGAUGAUCAUGGGCCUCAGCCUGGCCAAGUGGGGCCGAGAGCAAGCGCAGCAGCAGACCGCCGAUUGCUCGCUGCAGACCAACGCCACCGAGCGGUCCACACUCUGCGAAUGCGCCGAUCUGGGCAUCGCAAAGGUCCUGCAAGACCAACCAGCCGGCAGUCGCGCUACAUGUGAGAGCUUCAUCAAAAACUUUGCCUUUGUCCAGUCGAUGAUCAUAGGUGCUGCUGUCUUCUCCUCCGUUAUAAACUUGGCCUCCGGCUACUUGAUCGCCAUCUUCGCCAACUUCAUGCAGCCGCCCAGCCGAACGGUGCUGGAGUGCCGGAUCAUGGAAAUGACCUUCGUGGUGCAGUGUCUGACUUUGGGCGUGGUGGUGUCUCUGGUGAACGCGGACUUCGGGUUCAGCCUCUUUGGGCAGAGGGGCAUUUUUAACCUGAUCGGUGCCGGGGACUUCCAAGACAUCGACAAGCGCUGGACCGCCGCCGUGGGUGUCGAGAUCUUGAUGCUCUUCAUCUUCUCCAUUGCCACCGAGGCUGUGGCCGUGGGGAUGGUAUGGUGGUUCAACCUCUCCCACUCGCUUUGCUGGAAGAAGACUUGGAAGGAUGUGAAGCUGCUGUAUACCCCGCCCGAGUUUCAACUGGGGCUGCAGCACGCAAGCCAACUGAGUGCUGUUUGUGCUGCCUUGCUCUAUUCCAGCUGCCUUCCGGUAAUGAAAGUGAUCUUGGCCUUCCGGCUCUUCGCCAUGUACUGGUCCAGCAAGUACGAGCUGCUGCGGGGCUCCGCCGUGCCGAAGCGCUUUGGCCACGUGCUGGCGCUGGCGGCCUCCCAAUGGGUCCAGGUGGCCGUGUUUGCGCACAGCGCCGUGGCGGUGUGGGUCUUCGGCAACCCAGAGCUCACCGGCACAAAGGUCAUUCAGGAGGCCACGAGCUACUUCAGCCAAGUCGGGCAGCAGAUCAACAUGGGUGAGGCCAUGGCAAUCCGGCGGAGAUUGGAUGGGGCUUGA